AUGGAGGAAAGGAAGCCGAGCUGGUUGCCAAGAAGGCCUAGGCUUUGGCGAGACAGGGGUUCUUUGAAAGAUCCCUCCAGCAAAACCACGCGUGAGGAGUUCUGGCAAAAGGAGCAGGACGACAAGCAGCGAAGCUUUGAGAAUUUUCGACGUGUCCAGCAGGCCUAUGCGGAGAGGGCCAAAGCUCAGCGGCAGGCCGAGGAGACGCGCAGCGCAGCGCGCCAGCAGGCCGUGGCAGAGUUGGAGAAGACAGGUGUCUUGGCUGAUGGGUUUGUGCUGAUGCCAGACAAAGCGAGGCCCGCAACUGCUCCGGCAGGGGGUUAUCCGUCUCAUUCAGAGCAGAACAAGGAGGUCUUGGCCAAAGUUCAGGCCAUCCUUAUCAAUCGCAAGGAGCAGGCGGCCCGGGACGCUCAGAAGCUGGAGAUGGCUGAAGCUGGCGAAGCUAUCGACGCUGGCGAUGGGGAUGACUUGGCAAAAGAGGCCAAGCUCAAGCCUGCUGAAGCAAGCAGCGGAGACCUUGUGGACAAACUGUUACCGGCAGAAUCAGCUGGGAAGCAAGAUGGGCCACACAAGGGUGAGCAGAACGGAACGCAGCAGGCAAUGUCCGUGGCUACAGGAACACCUGAGGAGGCAGAGGAAAAAUCGCAGCACGAAGCAACCGCAAAGGGUGAAUACCAUCCUGUGCGGCAACCAAAAGGUGAACUUGCAGAUCUCGACUGA